GAUUUUCCGAACUGGGAUAGAGGGAAUCCGGAGCGGCAUCAGACACACAGCAACACGACUGCCAGGGAAGCGUGGCACUGGAAAGAAGGGCAUUCAAUCAUUAUAACCUAGGGCACAACUUUACCCAUCACCAUUAAUACGGGACGUCUAACAGGUGGAAAUCACGCCGGGAUCUGGGGACCAACGCAAUCGUUAAGCAAACUCGAUUUAUCAGAGUCUGAACCAUGGGAACGGGAAACAAGCUUUAUUGAUCAGGGCUAGCUGACGUUAGCAUCACAUUAUCCUGCCAGCUACUGAGACUGUUAUCGCAGUUCGCAGUCGUUAGCCGACCUUGCUUGACGGUGAAUUGAACCAACUCCGUGAGGCAAAAACGGAAGGAUUACGGGCUGCACCGACACGACGGGCGAUGUUUGCUUGGAAAUCUAGCUAGCUAGCAAGCACGCUAGCUAGCUUGCUAGCUACGCCAGCUGAGGAUCUGUGCCUGUUCAAUUCGCCGUUUGUGUUUUUCUUUAUUUUCAAAUAUAUGUGUUAUUUUUUAUCUGGUAUUAUUCAAGCAGUGGGUUAGACCCGCUCGUACUUUAGCAAGUUAGCUAGCUGGCUUGAGUUACCUCAGGUAUAUUCAGAAACCCGUGCGUGUCGCUUGUGAAGGUGGAAAAUGGAUGCGGGUAUAGAGAAAGAGUGCAGCGCUUUAGGAGGGCUUUUCCAGACCAUCAUGAACGACAUGAAGUCCAGCUACCCUGCCUGGGAGGACUUUGUGACCAAAGGAGUGAAGCUGCAGUCCCAGCUGAGGACCACCCUCUUGGUCACCAGUUCCUUCCUGGAUGCCUUUCAGAAAGUGGCCGACUUGGCCACUGGGACCCGAGGGGCGACAAAGGAGAUCGGGUCUGCCCUCACCAGAAUGUGUAUGAGGCACCGGAGCAUCGAGUCCAAACUGAAGCUCUUCACCUCGGCUCUGACCGAGAGCUUGAUCAGCCCCCUGGAGCUGAAGAUCGAGGAGUGGAAGAAGGUGGCCAGUCAGCUGGAUAAAGACCACGCCAAAGAAUACAAGAAAGCUCGCGCUGACAUUAAGAAGAAGUCUUCAGACACCAUCAAGCUGCAGAAGAAAGUGAAGAAAGGGAAGGACGAGGUGAGGAUGCAGCUGGACAGCGCCCUGCAGGAUGUGAACGUGAAAUACGCCGUCCUGGAGGAGACGGAGAAGAGGGCCGUCUGCCGGGCUCUGAUCGAGGAGAGGGGCCGGUUCUGCUCCUUCGUCACCAUGCUGCGCCCCGUACUGGACGAGGAGAUCGGCAUGCUGGGAGAAGUGACUCAUCUGCAGACCAUCCUGGAGGACCUCAGCACCCUGACUGCCGAGCCCACCAAACUGCCGCCUGCCAGCGAGCAGGUGAUUCUGGACCUGAAGGGCUCUGAUUACAGCUACACCUACCAGACCCCCCCUGCCUCCCCCGGCACGCUGUCCCGCAAAAGCAGCAUCAGCAGUAAUUACCAGCCUACCUCAGUGCGCCAUGUUCCAUCUCUGGACUCCAUAUCCAGCGCUGUGGACGGCAUCCACCUCCGACCCUCCUCCACCCACUUUCCCAACCCCUCACAGGGUCCUGCUGGCACUGAGAAUGGCACCGCCAUGCCCCCCCCUCACAACGCCUACUCCCACCCCGGAGAGAGGGCCAGGGCCAUGUCCACCUCCAGCAAGCCCCAGACCGCGCGGGAGCAGCUGGCUCUCACGCUCGGGGGAGGGGGGCUGAAUUCGGACGCCCCGCGCACCAGCCACGACUCGCUGCACUGCUCCAGCGGCUACAGCACGCAGACCACCACGCCCUCCUGCUCCGAGGACACCAUCCCCUCCCACGCUGUAAAGAAAGAACCUCCUCUUUAUGACUACGACUACAUCUCCCUGCACGGAGGGGAGGAGGCUCACGAGCACCCCGAAUUCGACAGGUCCUCCACCAUCCCGCGCAACAGCGACCUGGGCCAGAACUACCGCAAGCUGUUCCAGAGCAAGCGCCCCGCCUCCACCGUCAGCCUGCUGGCCGAGCCCGAGCCCCUGCUGGGCUCCUCCCACGUGGCCACCAUCCGCCGCAAGCCCUCCAGCAAGCCCAACUUCCGGCGCGGCACCAUCAGCGGGGGGGUCCCCAUCCCCAUCUGCACCCCCCAGGUGCCCCUGCGCGCCCAGAGGGACGCGGGAGACCUGUCCCAGGCCAGGCAGGGCCUGUGCACCUCCACCCAGAGCCUGAGCGCCGGCGCCCCGCCCUCCGCCUACUACGCCUUCAUCCCUCCGUCAGUCCCGCCCAGCAAGCAGCAGCUGCCCCACCCGCACCAGCAGAAUCAGCCCCAGCAGCAGUAUCUGCCCCAGCAGCAGAAUCUGCCCCAGCAGCAGUAUCUGCCCCAACAGCAGUAUCUGCCCCAACAGCAGUAUCUGCCCCAACAGCAGAAUCUGCCCCAACAGCAGUAUCUGCCCCAACAGCAGUAUCUGCCCCAACAACCCCACCCACACCAGCAGAAUCUGCCCCAACAGUCCCACCCGUACCAGCAGAAUCAGUCCCAACAGCAGCAUCUGCCCCAGCAACCCCACCCGCACCAGCAGAACCUGCCCCUACAGCCCCACCUGCCCCAGCAGCCCCAGGUCCUGCCACCCCAGCACCUUCAACUCCAGCAGCAGCUCCACCCACAGGUGCAGCAGCACACCCUCUACAACCCCGCCUCCACCCCCAGCCCCACCGCCGUCUCUGCGGUAACGAGCCCCUCGGCCGAGUCCGCCCCCUGCCCGGAUGCUCAGGAGGCGGAGCCAUCGGGGGGCGGAGCCAUGCUGACCAUGAUCCGUGGCGUGAAACUGCGCCGGACUCUGACCAAUGACCGCUCUGCCCCCAUGAUCACACCCAAUCACCUUUAACUGAGCUCUGAGCCCCUGCUCCAGUCACACCCAAUCACAUCCAAUCACUUUAACUAAGCACCACCUCCCCCUCCCCGCAAUUGCAUCCAAUCGCCUUUAACUGAGCUACCCCCCCCAUCAUGCCCAGUCACCCUUAACGGAGCUUGGCCCCACCCCAAUCAUGCCCCAUCACCUUUAACUGAGCUCAACCCACCCCCAUCCAACCCAAUCACCUCCAACUGAGCUCCCCUGCCCAAUGCCACCCAAUCACUUUAGCUAAGCUUUCCCCGCCCCCCCCAUCCCAAUCGCACCCAAUCACCUUCAACUGAGUGUCCCGCUCCUGCCCCCUCCCCCCCCCCCACCAUCCCGGCUGACUCACACAGCUGAAUUUUGUUUCCUGUUCCCUAUUCAUUUCAUAUUUCUGUUUGUUUCAAUAUUUCCCUGUUCACUUGUUUGCUUUUUGUAAAAUUUUGGGAAUUUGUGGAGGAGGUUUUUUUUUUGCCUUUUGUGCUGUUUGAAAAUACUUGGAUCAAAAAACUCCCAGCAGCCCCUGCUGCCGGCGAUGACUCUUACUGUGCGUCAUUCAGCAUCACCACGGAAACCGUUGCCUGUUUUUCCAGCAGUUGAACAUUCGCUAAUGGCUUUGCUGAACGUCGGUGCGGAAAGUUAAGUUAUACGUCGAUGUGAUUGCUGCAGAAGUAUAUAUUUUAAAAAAAUUGCCUUGCUUACUUAGCACAUAGUCUUAAAUCGCCCAUGGACUCUUGGACAAAAAAAAGUUAAACGUUUAAAGACAUUUGUAUAUAUUUAGCAUAAUCAAAAUCGGAACUGAAAAACUUAAUGGUAUUUAGUUUUAUUAGAUGGCAUCUUUGUCUUUGAAAGAGCUGGGCGUCUAUUUUUGUAAAGGACUACCGACCUGGCUCCACGGACGAGGCUAUCGGGGGGCGGACCCAAAUCGGAAUGAGGCGGACACGUUUGUUUCGGGCCGGGUGAAACGAACGCAAGGCGGAAGGGGUUGUGAACCUGUGACCUCUUGUCCCUCGGCUGACCGUAACGUGGAUUAUCGUUUUCACCUCGCCAUUCUUCGAUGAUUUUGUGACCACUUGGGGGCGCCCUCGCGAUUCGCCCCCCCCCCCCCCCUCGUGCCGCAACGCCAGGCCUUUGUACUGGAGUGAUUCUGCGCUGGCCCUGGACCUGAGGAGGGGACGUUGGACCGUGAGCUGUCCCGGGGGCCGAUGUGCUGUGUGCAGUGGACCUGCUGGCUCGUUGGUGAUGUAAUCGCACCGUUGGUCGUAAACGGCUCAAAGUCUUGGGGAGCUUUCUUGCGGAUGCUGGGAUGUCUGUAAUGGUCUGAUUUAUCCAUGUUUGCCUCAUUUCAAUCAAUAAAAUCCUGUCUGUUUGUUUUCCCUCACGCUUCUAAUUUUAAAGCUGACUCAUCUCACUCUUCGUUUAUGAACAGGAAUUCAGGUGAUUUCACAGUAAUAAAAGCUUAAAUUUGCUUACUUAGGGUUCUGUGUGGCUGAAAUGGGGUGAUGUGACCCUGCACACAUUGAAGAGUUCCAGAACCUUUUUUUAAAGGAACACGUGCUCGUGUUUUGUUGCGGGUAAAAUUUUGUGUAAAAAGUGCGCAGCGUUGCACGGUUCACAUUGUUUUGGAGUCCAAAUGAACAUGUUUACUGCUGCGUGAUUCUUUGUUUACAACUUCCUGCUUCCCCAUUUGCAACUUCCUGCUUCCCCAUUUACAACUUCCUGCUUCCCCAUUUACAACUUCCUGCUUCCCCAUUUGAAAGUUCCUGCUUCCCCAUUUACAACUUCCAACUUCCCAAUUUGCAACUUCCUGCUUCCCCAUUUGCAACUUCCUGCUACAUUUACAACUUCCUGUUGCCUCGUACAACUUCCUGCUUCCUCGUUUACAACUUCUUGCUUCCUCAUUUACAAUUUCCUGCUUUCUCAUUUACAACUUCCUGCUUCCUCAUUUACAACUUCCUGCUUCCUCAUUUAUGGCUUUGGCUUCAGAGAAACUAAUCUGUAAGUCGCACUAGGCCCAAACCAAAACCACGUAUGGUUAGAGCUAGCUCCAGAAAGGGCCAUGGGAAAUGUGUACAGCUACAGGAAACAUCUAAUGUAAGGCUGAUUUUUGUUCUAUAAAGGAAAAUGGAGAGGACUUGAUCUAUCUAAAAAGCACACAGUCGGUGGCAGUAAUGUUCUCAUGACCAAGGGGAGAAAUGUGGGGUAGUAAACUUCUGUCUGAUUUGGUGUUUGUUUGAACAGAGUAAGAAUGAAACAAGUUCGUUUUUAUUAUAUUUUGUUUUCUUAAAUUAAAAAUGUACGAAAUCUCUCUUUUUUUGUUGCUGCUUUAACUGCAUACGAGAGACAGACUUUCAAAGAUCUUUCCUUUCUAGUAAAUAAAUAUAAUUUAAUCUAAAGAUUGUUGUGUUUUGUAAAGCAAACCAUUACCCAUGGUCUUGUAACAUGAAUUUUAUUUGUACUGGUCUUUUUCAUUCCCAUGAGUGAUUCCAAAUGAAAUGAUUUGUACAGGCUCAGUAAAGCUGUGUAUCACUGUGA